AGAGUCAUGGGCUCGGUAUCAUAGGCCUUAUCGAUUAAAAGAAAUGAAUAAAUGGGUUUUAACCCGUGAACCGGGUCUUCCAAGUGAGCCCGUAUGAUACGGGGUCAUGCCACGCGGCGCAGAGGGAGUGGCUACGCGGUCGCGCGGGUUGACUGCGAAAAAAUGGGUUUCGCGUGAAAGACCCCAUUUUCCCUUCUCUCUUCGAAAUCUAGGGUUUCUCCGUCUGUGAAGCGAUUUCGUGUCGGGGUCCAGAGCCGGAGAUUUUGUCGAUCAAUUCGUCGUCGGAGUCACUCGUAAACGCUCUCAGAUGGAAACUCCCCGAGAACCUCAUUUCUUCAAGCCUCUUCUUCCUGGUUUUCAAAGUGGCGUCGCAAUACCACUUGACUUCUACUCAAAACACAUACAAGGGGCUGAGAUCAAUAAACCAUGGAAGCUAAGAUCGGACGCUUCGGAUCAAAUCUGGAAGGUCAUCCGAGAAGGCAGGACACUCACGAAAGGUUGGAAAGAGUUCACCGAAGCACAUGAUCUUCGAAUCGGUGACAUUGUCAUCUUCAAACACGAAGGAGACAUGGUCUUUCAUGUGACUCCUUUUGGUCCUAGCUGUUGUGAGAUUCAGUUUACAAAUCCUCACAUCGCUAAGGAAGAAGCCGACGCGGAUGAUGCUCAUACUUUCUCAUACGACUACUGCUUCUUGGCUGAGGUUACUCCUACAAAUCAAAAGGACGACAAAAUGUUUCUUCCUGUGGAAGCUAUGAGGUGUGGUGCUUUGAACCAACAAUGCAAAGAGGUCAAACUUGUCAACAAGGAGGGAAAGUCAUGGACUGCGCGCUUCGGAUUUAGCGAAUCAGACGGUGCAUAUUACAUCAGCAGAGGGUGGAGAAAGUUCUGUCGUGAUAACAGAUGCACCAACGGAGAUUUGUUUGUGUUCAACGUGGUUGGAGACGGGACGACAACUCCAUUACUGUGUGUAUGUCCGGAAAGGAAGGAGUGUACUGAACUACUGAUCAAGCACUUCAGCAGAAUCGAUGGUAGCAUUGCUUCUACCUCACGAAAUUAGAUGGCUCUUUUGCGGUCUUUCCUCUCUAUCAUCUUAACUUGUUUCUUUUUGUUUCAUUAGCAAUUUAUCAACUUAUGUAUUUCGCUUUGUAAAACUUGAAUGGUUUUUCUAUGUGAACUUUUAUCCUAAGUUAAACAUUCUCGAACUUAAUUCCUUUGUUGAAUGCGUAGACUGAUCAUCGAACAAAAUGUUUCUAUGAAUUGAAUUUAAGUUAAGAAACAACAUAAAAUUUUAAAACAUAGCUUUUAUACAUUUGAAAACACAAACCAAAACUUAAACUCCAAAACUAAAACAUAGGUUGAAUAAAAUGUUUUCAUAAAUUUUAUAACAUAUUUUAAUAUUUUAUUCAUGUAUUCUGAAUAAUUUUAAUUUUUUAAAAAAAUAAAAAAAUUAUUAUUAUUUUAUUCCUAUGAACUCCUUCUUCGGAUUCACUAAUGCAGAAAACUACAAAUUCGGGUUCAUAACUGUUCAUGGGCCCACAAAAAAAUAUUAAAAAAAUUUGGUGAACCCCAAAGUGGGGUUCACCAAUGCUCAUG